CUCCCUCGCAGGCAGCCCCAUCCUGGGGAGGAAGACAGGAGAAAGCCUGAGGAGGAACCGGUGCGGGCAGGGGGUGUGCCGGGAACAAGGUCAGGCCAGGAGGCCCCUGAGGACAGGGGCUGUGGGGAGACCAGGGCUGAGGGGAAAGCAAAGGAACAGAGCCAGGGCCAAAGGCAGAGGGGCCAGCAGGGAGGUAUUUGCGGGGGAGGCCCAGCAGCUGUCUUUCUAAGACAGGGACACAUGGGCCUGGUUAUUCCUCUUGUCACAUGUGGAAUGACAGGAGAUGGAAGAGGGAGAAAGGCAGGGCACGGGCACCGAGAUAAGUGGACCUGGGCUGGGCUCAACCCAGCACUCACUCCUCACGUUCCCAUCCCCUCAGCUGGCCAAAGCCCUCUGCCAGCAAAUGACCCCUAAGAGGACCCCUGUAGCACAGGCCGUACCCAGAUCCCCACCUGGAAAGGGAGAGUGACAAGACGGGACUCCCUAGGGGGUUAUAGGAAAGUGAGAAGGCAAGAGCCGAUUGGAUUUCAGCAGCAGGUAUGGUGUCCAGGGAAAAGAAAUGUAGAUAGCCAGGAGCUGAAAACCCACCAGUCUGAAGCAAGACCUCUGUGCUGCUUCCUCCAGGACACAGGUGUCCUGCCAGAUCCUCCUCCCUCCACCCCCCACCCCCAACAACAACAAAAAACCCUCUGCUCCUUUCCCACCUCUGCCUGUUGUCAGGUCCCAGACUUCCCAUCUGCUAGCAGAAGACAGAAUCCCCUAUCCAAAUCCUCCCGUGGUGUGUGUGGGUGGAGGAGCUGGGCUCCACUAGUGGACCAUGAGCCAGGCAGGGGCUCCGGGUCCAGCGCGGGUGGGAGGAGAAGGCGUCACUUCCGGGGGCCUUUGCCAGUGUCCAGUGGCUCCCUGCUCUCUGAUUGGGCAGAAGUGGCCAGGGCAGGCGUGUGACCCCACUGCCGUGGAGAGGCUGUGCCCCAGUGCCACAAGUCUUCCUACCCAUCGGCUCCCCAGAGCGCUGCCUGCUGUGCACCUGGGUCCUUGAGCCCUUCUCCACCUGCAUAGAUUCCAGAUCCUCUCCGCUGGCCUACCUGUGCCCCGCCCCACUCAGCCCCCAAGUGCAAGAGCUCCAGCCGGCUCCAUGGCCCCAGGAAGGACUCAGCGGAGAGGCCCCACUCAGGGAGCCACUCCAGCCAGACCCGCUGGCCAGAAUGGUGGUGACUGAGUUGCUCCUCGUGGUCAUGCUUCUGCUAACUGCAAGACUCACUCUGUCCAGCCCAGCUCCUCCUGCCUGUGACCCCCGACUCCUAAAUAAACUGCUUCGUGACGCCCAUGUCCUCCACGGCAGACUGAGCCAGUGCCCAGACGUUAACCCUUUGUCCACACCUGUCCUGCUGCCUGCUGUAGACUUUAGCUUGGGAGAAUGGAAGACCCAGACGGAGCAGACCAAGGCCCAGGACAUUCUGGGAGCAGUGACCCUUCUGCUGGAGGCAGUGAUGGCAGCACGGCGACAGCUGGAACCCACCUGCCUCUCCUCCCUGCUGGGACAGCUUUCGGGACAGGUCCGCCUCCUCCUUGGGGCCCUGCAGGGCCUACUUGGAACCCAGCUUCCUCCACAGAGCAGGACCACAGCUCACAAGGAUCCCAAUGCCAUCUUCGUGAGCUUCCAGCAACUGCUCCGAGGAAAGGUGCGUUUCCUGCUGCUCGUAGCAGGGCCCACGCUGUGUGUCAGGCGGGCCCCACCCACUGCCGCUGUCCCAGGCAGCACCCCUCUAUUCCUCACACCAAACAAGCUCCCAAACAGGACUUCUGGAUCGCUGGAGACCAGCUCCAGGGUCACAGCCAGAACUACUGGCGCUGGACUUCUGAACAGGCUGCGGGGACUCAGGGCCAAGAUUCCUGGUCUGCUAAACCAAACCCUGGACCGAGUCCCUGGACAUCCGAACAGGACACACGGACCCCUGGGUGGAACUCACGGACUCUCUCCUGGGCCCUCAGCCAGCACCCUGGGAGCCUCGGUCAUUCCCCCAGAGACUUCGGACGCAGGUUCCCUGCCACCCAGCUUCCAGCCGGGAUUCUCUCCUUCCCCAACCCAUCCUCCUCCUCCAUGGUACACACUCUUCUCUCCUGCCCCAGCCCCGCCCAGCCACAUGGUCCAGCUCCAGCCCCUGCGUCCUGACCGUCCAGCUACCACAGCCAACCCUGGUAGUCCUGUGCCGGUUGCAACCCACCCUCAGAAUCUGUCGCCGGGAGGGUGAGGUGCUCAACUGGUGACACAGCCCAUUCCCUCCCCAGGAGAGGCCGGGCCGCGUGCCCUGCCUUCACCUGAAACCCAAAGCCCUGGUAACGAGGGACACGGCGCAAACCAUUUUUCACUGUAUGUUAUAAAACUUCAGAAGCUUCUAUUUUUUUAAGCUAUCAACAAUAUUCAUCAGAGCAGCCAGUUAUCUUUGGUCUGUUUUCUGCACACAUUUGCGCCUCACCAACGCUCUAUGUGCUUUUCCAUACGGCAGUUCUGGAAAGGCCUGAACUGGCUCUGGCCUUUGGACAGAGGUACAGACUGAUGCUAUGUCAG